AUGCUUUAUAUCAAUGAAGCUGUGAACAAUCUUGAACAGACGACAGAACAAUACGCAUUUUCUGCGUAUUCAAUAUUGUGUUGUUAAAUUUUUAGCAUCUCUUUUAUGCUAGUUUUAAACAAUGAUCAAGUAAAAAAGUUAAAUAGUAGUAGCAAAAUAAUAUCGUUCAUAAUAUCAGUAGUUACCAUUUUUUAUCGUUUUCAUGCCUUAGCAAAUUAUGGCUUUGACAGAGAUAGCUAAAACAGUUCUCAAAGGCUUAUGUGAUAGUUUGAAAGGAACUAUCACAAUAUUUUAUCUAGACAAACAUAUUAAAGAUAGUAGAACGCAGCACAACUCUCCUUCCAGAAAUCUCAAUCUUGCUCACCUUAGAAUUAGCAGUAGACAGUCGCUUGUCACGUCAAAAGUCGAGGAACCGAAAAUACUAUGGAGGACAUUUCAAUGUUGCCUUUUGAAUGGAGGAGUGUUCUGGUUGAGUCUGAUUAUGUUCGAGUACUUACUUCUACCAACUCUCCAACACAUGCUUUUGUAUUUAGAAUUCAACAACUCCAGUAAUAUUUGGGAGAUUACAAAACUAUGCUUGAAUUGGACUUUCGGAAUGAUUUGGGUAUUGCCAUUAUUUAUAUUGAGCAAAGUUAUCAACAGUUUGUGGUUCCAGGAUAUUGCAGAUUCAGCCUACAGGUUUAGUAGAGGUAGACCAACACAGACAUUCAGUGUCAGUAAAUUAGUAGCCGACAAUCUAUUUAGUAUAAUGAUACAAACGUUCUUCCUAGUCCAGUGUAUGCUUGUCAGUAAAAUACCACAUUCAUUGAUAUCGCUAGUACUAUUUCACGUUCAUAUGAGUCUGCUGUAUUCCUUGUAUUCAUUUGAAUACAAAUGGUACAACAUGGGAUGGGAACUUCACAAGAGGCUGACCUACAUUGAGAAUAACUGGUCCUACUUUCUUGGCUUCGGACUUCCAUUAUCUGUAUUUACCGCAAUUCCUUCGUCUUACUUGAUAAGUGGAUGCGUGUUCUCAAUGCUGUUUCCUCUUUUCAUCAUCAGCGCCAAUGAGGCUGAACCUGUUACGAAUGUUUUUGAUUUUAAGCUGCAGCUGUUCACACCAGUUAUUUUAAUAUCGAAUGGACUGUUCAACAGAACAAUUGGCCCACGCCCUCAACUGUAGAGAAGACAUUCAGGUGAAGAAGUCAGUCAUCAUUGCAAUCAUUAUUUUUUAUUUGAUUCUUUUGAAAAUUUUAAAACUUUUUUCCUGCAUAAGGAUAGUGGAGUACGAAGUUCUAUGAUCAUGAAAUAUAAAGGGAAACGACAAAAUUUGUAUCACUGUUGCUUUGAUCUGCAUAAAAAUUUAAUCUAUUUUGCCUAAUACGUCUGUAUUAGACAAAUAUUUUUGAUUCAUAUUUAAAAAUCGAACAAACUUCACAAGAAACGUAGGUACAAAAUAAACUAUGUUUUAACAUUUCAACCGUGUUUUGGGAAUAGUAGGGAAAAGACUGAAAUUGUAUUAUCAUUCACUUAACUUGUCGUAUUGAUAUGCUUAUUCUGUAAAUUAUAUUUCCAAUCAAAAGAACACUAUUAAUAUUAAUUACGAAAAUGUGAUAAAUCAAAUAAUUAUUAACUUUAUUUACUACUACUGUAAAUAGAAAUGUAAAUUAUCGAACCAAUAAGUGAACUGAUUUGACAAUGUUGCCUUAAUUUUUCCUAUUAUAUUUUGUAAAAAGUUGAAAAGACAAAGAAAGAUAUAUUUUAUUAAUUUCAUUUAGUUUUUAAUUCAAAUGUGUUUUGGGUUGUUGUAAUGUUUGUGUUCGCACACUAUAACGAAUUUUGUAAAUAUAGACAAUGUUUUACGGUAAA